CUCUCUUUGAAGCAAGACUCCUCCCUCAUUCCACUGAAAGUCAUAACUCAUCAGCCCAUCGUCGAUCAUCUUCCCUGAAGCUUCCCUCAGAACAAGCUCAAGCCGGUCAACAUGAGUACAACGACAAGGACUCGGAGGCCCCACACUAGGAGUAAAACCGGGUGUUUGACUUGUCGAAAGCGUCGCGUGCGUUGUGAUGGCGGAAAACCAACCUGUACCCGAUGUGUCAGUGCAGGACGGGCAUGCGAGUUUGCUGAUCCUAGUAUCCCACUUCGAGACCGCAAGGCUACCUGUCUUCCAGGCGAACAGCAACCUUGGAUUAUAAGCCAGGAUGCACCGCCAGUAACUCUAAUGGUCAAUUCCCCAUUCGGAAAAUCAGUGGAGCCUUUCGACUGUUUAGGCUUGGACAUGACUCUUCGCUCCAGAGAGCUACUUCACUAUUUUCAUAAUAGCCACGACAGUGCUGAUUUGGUACUUAGUAAAGCCUCGAGAAAUAUCUUUUCUUCUGUCGCUCAGCACCCCGAUGCCCUGAGGGACACUCUUCUUGUAGCAGGCCUGCACUAUGCAUGGACUGUCGGUGAUCUCGAAACGUAUAAUCCAACUUUCCUGUUUCACAAAGUCUCAACAAUACAAGUCUUGAACCGAUGGUUGCAGAACAUACAUCAACCGGGGCUGAUGACCUUCAUUCGGCAUGUUUCAAUUCUUUGCUUUAUAGAGGCAUCUUAUGGUAACGUACACGAUACAGAGGCUCAUAUCAACGGCCUCGUAAACGCCGUCCACCUUCUCAGCCCCCUCGAUGACGACUUCGGCCAUCGAUCAGAAAUCGAAGAAGAGCUUGCUAAUCGCUAUCUCUUGCUCACAUACUAUGCCUACCAAGGCUUCAAGGCCAGGAUAUUGGGAAGCGACUCUUUGCAGAACCUUUUCCGACAGAACAAUACCGCAGAGUUUUCCACGUUCGUAUCGCAGAUCUAUCUCUGGAAGACCCAAAAUAUCGGCCAUCUUGAAAUGCGUCUCAACGCCAUGAAACUCUUGCCAUUCUUCUUCGCUGCCCUCCCCUCAUCAACGCAAUUCCAUAGCAUCGACGCAUCACCUCUAAUAGAUUGCCUGAAGCAUGUUACAACUUCAACGCAGACAGUCAGGGAAGACCGUUACAAAUGCGACCCAAGCUGGGAAUGGAUCGAGGGAUCAGAUUCUCGACUUCUCUGCGCUACUAUCGGCUCCCAUUUCUCAUCUCUGUUCCACGACGAUAUGUUCUCAUCAGCACACUCGUCAAAGUAUAGCACUUCUUGGUCUGGUAUGUGCGCUGCAUCAAGCCUGUAUAUGCACAGUGUCCUGGAGCUCUGGAACGGCGGCAAGGCCAUCGACGCUCGUCUCUUGCGAAGGUUUCUCUCGAUCUUGAGUCGAGAUCUCAGCCAAUCUGUCAGCACUUUGGGACUCAAUGACUCUACGGAUUUUUGGCUUUGGCGAGCGUUCCUUGGAGAGUAUAGCAUUGCCAAACAGCAAGCGAAUAACCAUGACCCCUUGCUGGAUGGCCUCCAAAGAGCUUUUACUGGCUAUGUAGAUGCAUGGAAAAGGGUUACAGGGUUGACACUUUGGGAAGAGGCGCAUGCCUGUUUAGUGACAGUGGCGUGGCCCGCUACUAUGAAUUAUGAAACGGGGCGAGGUGUUUGGAUAAGUGCAAUCGAGCAUACAACAUGUUGA